AUGGGUCGCCCUACUGCAGUCUGGGCGUGGGAGCGAUUCCCACAUCUGGCACCUCGACAUUCAGAGACGAGGGCACAGAAUUCCGAGGAUGCAUCCCCACGUGGCCUUCGAUGGCUUUCGGCCAACAGUCGUCAGUAUGGUGACCAGCUAUUUCAGUACAAGCUGUGGUUUGACGCGAUGGACACCGUGGUGUGGCAACCUUACCUUGAGAGAGCACUUCAUCUCAGAGGUAGUGUGAUACAGUCUGAGACAUUUCAAGCAGUAGUGCCACUUAUCUGCUUUUCAUCGGUGAUGUGGCAUCAUCCAGACCGCGUGCUCCGGCAGUUUGGCAUGAGGCAGCAUGAGCCUCAUCAACCACAUCCUGAGGCUGAGGUUCGGUUUUUUCUUUGUCAGACUACUCGUGGGCCAUCGCGUGGGCAACAGUUGGUACACGCCUCCAGAGAGUCGCUUGCUUUCUGGAACCGUCGACACGAGUUCGUAGCGAUGGCUCCAUACACUGAUGAGUAGUUAGCCUACCACUCGGAGCAUAUGGAGUGGUAUAGAGAUGUCACCAGGCGUGCCAGCACACGGAGUGGAGCUGCACGGGAGGCAUUGUACGACACUAUUGAGCAUGCUGAGGUGAGUUUACGUGACGGUGCACGCGGUGGAGGGUUGACCCCCGACCAGUGUGAGGACUUGACCAACAUUAUGGCAUCGGGGGUUGCUACUCUAGGUUUGGAGCGGCGCAGACACCCUAAUCUCACAGUACCUGUGCAGCCCCAGUAUGAUCAGCCUGUCAUGACUGCCUAGCCAGAGCAUACUGAUCCGACACCGGGUUGGGCCGUCCUGGAGCCACAGUUCAGACAGGAGCAUAGGCCACGUAGACAACGACGUGAG